AUCACAUUUCUUUCUAGUAAAUUUGUGAAUAAAAUUAACUUGACACAAGCACGUUUUAUAAAAAGUUUUCUUAGUUUUCCUAUAUUGUAUGUGUUAAAUUAAAUUAAUAAUAUAAGAAAAUGGCUGCUUUUCCAGGCAGUGUAGCUUUUGAUGAAUAUGGUCGUCCAUUUAUUAUAAUUCGAGAUCAAGAAUCUCAAAAACGACUCACCGGGAAUGAAGCUAUUAAAUCACAUAUUCAAGCUGCUCGUCAAAUUGCUGGUACCAUUCGUACAUCUUUAGGACCAAAAGGUUUGGAUAAAAUGAUGGUAUCACCAGAUGGUGAUGUAACUGUAACUAAUGAUGGUGCUACCAUUUUAAAAAUGAUGGAUGUUGAUCACGAAAUUGGUAAAUUAUUAGUGCAAUUGGCACAAUCUCAAGAUGACGAAAUUGGAGAUGGUACUACUGGUGUUGUUGUCUUAGCCGGUGCUUUACUUGAGCAAGCCGUUCAUUUACUGGAUCGUGGUAUUCAUCCAAUUCGUAUUGCUGACGGUUACGAAUUAGCCGCUCAACAUGCUUUACAACAUUUAGAUAAAAUCGCCGAAGGCUUUCCAUUAGGUGACAAGGAAUCAUUAGUUAAGGUAGCAAUGACUACUUUAGGAUCAAAAAUUAUUAAUAAAUGUCAUAGACAAAUGGCAGAAAUUGCCGUGGACGCAGUAUUAGCUGUUGCAGACAUGGAAACCCGUGAUGUCAAUUUUGAAUUAAUCAAAGUUGAAGCACGUGUUGGAGGUCGUUUGGAAGAUACCAUGCUUGUAAAAGGGGUUGUUAUUGAUAAAUCUAUGUCGCAUCCACAAAUGCCUAAAGAAUUACGGAACGUGAAAUUAGCUAUUUUAACUUGUCCGUUCGAACCACCAAAACCAAAAACAAAACAUAAGCUUGAUGUCACUAGCACUGAAGAAUACAAACAAUUACGGGAAUACGAAGCAGAAAAGUUCACUGAAAUGGUGACACAAGUUAAGAAUGCUGGUGCAACUUUAGCUAUUUGUCAAUGGGGAUUUGACGAUGAAGCAAAUCAUUUGUUAUUACAACACAAUUUACCAGCAGUACGUUGGGUUGGUGGACCAGAAAUUGAAUUAAUAGCAAUCGCAACUGGAGGACGUAUUGUACCACGAUUUGAAGAAUUGAAUGCCAACAAACUUGGAUCAGCUGGUUUGGUCCGUGAAAUUUCAUUUGGUACAACCAAAGACAAAAUGUUAGUUAUUGAAGAAUGCGCAAAUUCUCGUGCCGUUACUAUCCUCGUACGUGGUGGAAAUGCAAUGUUAAUUGCAGAAGCUAAACGUAGUCUUCACGAUGCACUAUGUGCUGUACGUAGCUUGGUCCAAGAACCACGAGUUGUAUAUGGUGGUGGAGCAGUUGAGGUCAGUUGUAGCUUAGCUGUUUCUCAACAGGCUGAUCGUUUAAGUAGCUUGGAACAAUAUGCGUUCCGAGCGUUUGCAGAAGCUUUAGAAUGUGUUCCAAUGGCUUUAGCUGAGAACAGUGGAUUGAAUUCAAUUGAAGCGUUAUCGGAAGUUAAAUCUCGUCAAGUAGCUACUGGUGAUUCUGGUUUGGGUAUUGAUUGUAUGGCAACUGGUAGUAAUGAUAUGCGUGCGCAACAUAUUAUCGAAUCCUUACGAUCAAAGAGGCAACAAUUUAUUUUAGCUACACAGUUAGUUAAAAUGAUUUUGAAAAUUGAUGAUGUAAGGUCUCCUGGUGAACAGUAUCAAUAGCUAUUUUUUUCACAUAUUUUUUUGCUUUUUCAUAAUUAUUUUUGUUUUCGUCAUGCAUUUAUUAAUUUUUUUUAAUUUAACAUGUAAUUUGUAAUUGUCUUUCACUCUGUUUUGCAAUGAUAUUUACAACCAACUUAAUCAACAAAUUAAUAAAUUCUUAUUAAUAUUUA